GACUCGGUGGUCUUCGAAGAGGUGGCUGUGAACUUCACCCCAGAGGAGUGGGCGCUGCUGGACGGUGCUCAGAGGACCCUCUACAGAGAUGUCAUGCUGGAGACCUGCAGGAACCUGGCCUCCUUAGAUUGUUGCAUUUAUGUUAGAACCCGUGGUUCCAGUCCUCAGCGCGGGAUUUUUGGGAAUGAAAUGCCCAGUGAUGAGAAAAUUGUACAAUUCACAAGAAAUGGCUCCUGGUCUGUUUUGGGAGAAAACUGGAGAUUUCAUAACAUUGGAGAUCACCAAAUCCCGCAGAGACAUCUGAGAAGUCAGGUGGUGGAGGGCCCUUGUGAAAGCAACGAGGGUCACGAAUGUAGAGAAGCCUCGGGCCAGAUUGUGAACCCUGUGGACGAGAAUCGUCCCCCUGAAGCUCAACCCUACGAAUGCACCAGGCGUGGCAAAGCCUUCAAGGAUCAGCAGUGAUCUCACCCUGGACAGAGACUGUGUCAGUGAGAGGACUGUGGACAAGCCUGCAGUUGUUUCUUGUGCCUGAGCGCUCACGUGAACACGCUCCUUGCGGAGAAGCCCUGUAAAUCUCGGGAUUCUGGGAGAGCAUCCAAGAAAUACGUGAAAAGUCUCGGCAGUAAACAAUUGUUUGAAUGUAAGAAAUGUGGAAAAGCUUUCACUUGUCCGUCCUCAUCCAGGGGACACGUGAGAGGUCACCGUGGACAGAAAACCCAUGCGUGUAAAGUAUGCAGGAAAACCUUCAUGUAUCACUCCUACCUUAUCCGGCAUAUCAGAACACACACUGGAGAGAAACCCUACGCAUGUAAGGAGUGUGGGAAAGCUCACACCGGAGAGAAGCUGUGUGAAUGCAAGCAUUGUGGAAACCUCUUUCGUUGUUACUCGCCUUUCCGAGAUCACGUGAGAACGCACACUGGAGACAAGCCCUGUCAGUGUAAGCAUUGUGGGAAAGCCUUUGGGUGUCCCACGUACUUUAGAAGAUACGUGAGCGGGUUCGUGACCCACCUGGGCGCGAGACCUCAUAGACACGUGAAAACGCAUGGUGGCGUGAAGCCCUACGCAUGUCAGGAGUGUGGGAAAACGUACAGCUGUUCCUCAUCCCUUCGUGUGCAUGUACACACUGGAGAGAGGCCGUAUGAAUGCAAGCAGUAUGGGAAAGCCUUUAGGUAUCUGGCAUCCUUUCAAGCACAUGUGAGGACACAUGCUGGAGAGUAG